CCAAUAGUACGUACGAAAAAAGAAACUAAAGUUGCUCUUGCUCUCAACUCUCUCUCUCUGUCUUUCUCUGCACGAGCGUCCUGCUCUUCAAAUCCAAAUAAGCCCUUCAUCUUCCGCGUCCUUCCACCGGAACUCGUUGCUACAAUGUCCAUCAGCAAGGCCUCCGACCCUAAACCUCCUCCAGUGAUCGGCAAGAUGGGCCCUUACACAGUUUUCGUCACCCCGACGCCGACCCCGGAGCCUGCCGGGCCGGUUCUUGACUCGCGGGUGGAGGUCGCCCCUCCUCCGGUUCGGCCGCCUCCCCACCGGUUCGGCAACGCCGUCGCUUCUCGGCCUUUGGUUGACCGCGGGUCUGUUCUGGCAUUCUUCAAGAACGCGGCCUCUAAGUUGCAAAAUGCUCAAUCAAGCUUGGAUAACCACAUGGCCCGUUGGCUUGGGUUGGACCAGUCGAGGUAUCAGUGGGCGUUGGAUAAUUAUUACGAUAACCAAAGAUCAGAAAAGGAAGGUAAGAAAAAUAAAAUGUCAAACAAGUUGCAGGGUGUCUAAUGCAUUCCGAAAGAUGGAUGCGGUUGUGGCUCCUAUAUAUUAUAAUUUCCGACUCGGAAAUCCUUGUCAAGUGGGAGCUGUGCCAAAGUUUUGAUAAGGAUGAGAUUUUCAUCCGAAAUGUGCAUAUGGUUUGCCGAGGUGCAAUACUUGGACUCUUUUUGAUGUAUACGUUAUUUGAAUCCAGUAUCACUGCCUUUCAAAAUCCAUGUUUCAACGAUCUUUCCACUUUGCGUAUUUUUCACUUUGAAUGAUCUUGAAGUUGCUAA